GACACCCCCACCCACUCCCUUUGGGGUUUUCUUAGAUCAUUUUUAAUUGCUUUCUGUGUCACUGGCAGCAGCUAUCUGAGCAUCUUCAACUGCCCUACUGCAAUUCUGAUGCUGUCCCAGCAACCAGAACUGUGUUCUGGGUUUCAUGUUACAGGUUAUCUGCUUUUAAAAACCCAGCAGCCCUGACCAUGUGAGACAGUUUUUAAAACUGCUUUGCUAUUGCUAGGGACUCAGCGGGAUUCCAGCCAAGACUUCCCCGUAAUUUUCUGCCAAAGUCUGUGUCAGAUUUCAGACACAUGCUCCUGCAUGCUUCCUUCAAGAUUGUGAAAACGUUUUACUCCAUAGUUAGGUUCCAGCCUGCUGUAACUGCAAGUGCCGGUGGUCACACCAUCUCCUUAUAAAGCAGCUAGAACCUAGGACAUAGAGUGGGGAUUGUUUUCUUUCAACUUUUUGGUCACGAAAUGACUGUAGAGUGAUUUCUAGCUUAAAGUGGAAGACAUGGCCACUUCCUGAUUAGUUUUGGCAGCAGGAACUUUACAUUUUUUUCAUCUUUCUCCCAUACGAAAAUUGUGUGUGGCAGGGGGUGUCCCUUGACUAACUCAACUCAUUUCAUUGGAUUUUGAUUACAAGUGAUCAUGUGAUUUUCCAUGUAAAGUUUUGGGGUUUCGAACUUUGCUUCCGGAGAAUGCCUUUUGCAACACUUUUCAGUAGCUGCUUGGUGUGAGCUGCUUAGUCAUCAGUGGACAUUUAAAGUAUUCAAAAAUGUAUAGAGAGUGGGCAGUGGUGAAUGUUCUCAUGAUGGCCUACGUAUACCUGGUGCAGGGCUUCAAUAGUGAACAUGGACCAGUGAAGGAUUUUUCUUUUGAGCGAUCAUCCCAGUCAAUGUUGGAACGAUCUGAACAACAGAUUAGAGCUGCUUCUAGUUUGGAGGAGCUGCUGCAAAUCGCACACUCUGAGGACUGGAAGCUGUGGAGAUGCCGGCUGAAGCUCAAAAGUUUUGCCAGUAUGGACUCUCGCUCAACAUCUCAUCGCUCCACCAGAUUUGCGGCAACUUUCUAUGAUACUGAAACACUAAGAGUUAUAGAUGAGGAAUGGCAGAGAACCCAGUGCAUCCCUAGAGAGACAUGCGUAGAAGUCGCCAGUGAGCUGGGGAAGACAACCAAUACGUUCUUCAAGCCCCCCUGUGUGAAUGUGUUCCGGUGUGGCGGCUGUUGCAACGAAGAGAGUGUGAUGUGUAUGAACACAAGCACCUCCUACAUCUCCAAACAGCUCUUUGAGAUAUCAGUGCCUCUGACAUCAGUGCCUGAGUUAGUGCCUGUUAAAAUUGCCAACCAUACAGGCUGUAAGUGCUUGCCUACGGGCCCUCGACAUCCCUACUCAAUUAUCAGAAGAUCCAUUCAGAUUCCAGAAGGAGAUCAAUGUUCUCAUUCCAAGAAACUGUGUCCUAUUGACAUGCUGUGGGAUAACACCAAAUGUACAUGUAUUUUACAAGAUGAGAAUCCACUCCCUGGAACAGAAGAUCACUCUUACCUCCAGGAGCCAGCUCUCUGUGAACCACACAUGAAGUUUGAUGAAGAGCGUUGUGAGUGUGUCUGCAAAACAUCAUGUCCUGGAGACCUCAUUCAGCACCCAGAAAACUGCAGUUGCUUUGAAUGCAAAGAAAGUCUGGAGAGCUGUUGCCAGAAGCACAAGAUUUUUCACCCAGAUACCUGCAGAUCAAUGGUCUUUUCGCUUACCCCUUAAGUUGGUUGACUGGUGACAUUUAAAUGACAUAUUAAUCCAAUUUGGUGGGGUUCCUUUUUCUCAUUGCCCAAGCGCCCCCUUAAAAAUAAGCAGAAGUUUUGGCAUCUAGAAAGUAAUUGAAAGUAUAUAGAGUGAUGAUUAAUUCUUUUGUUGUUGUUUCAAAACAGGGUCUCAUGAAUUACAGACUUGUACCACCACGCCUGCUAUUAUGUUAUUAUAAGCAAAAGAGAAGUCACUGACAUUUAAACAACCAGGUUAAGGGAGGUUCAUAUUCAUAUCAGCAAGCUAAUUCUCUCUCUCUCUCUCUCUCUCUCUCUCUCUCUCUCUCUCUCUCUCUCUCUCUCUGUGUGUGUGUGUGUGUGUGUGUGUGUGUGUGUGUUCUUGAUGAAGAGACUAGCACUAGAUUUGUGUAGGCAAAAAACUUCUGAAUGACUGUAAUCAUUGGAGACUGAUGACUAGGCUUUGAUCAAUUUCCAAACCUACCCAAACUAACCACUGAGAUUUUUUAAAAAUAAUUCAAUUUGUUCUUUGACAAUUUCAUGCACAUAUAAAAUGCAUUAUAAUUACUUUCAUCCCUACACUCUCCUAACCCCAGCCUACUGUUGUCAACCCAUUUCCUCCCUACAAGUCCCUUUCCCACACUCAGGGUCAUCUGUGUGACCACAGGUUUGGAAUUAUCUGUCAGAGCUUGUUCUGCUCACCCACCAGUAGGUCCACAACGGAAGACUGUGACUCCCUGUCUCCCAGAUUCUAUCAGCAGCCCACAGUUCAUUACAGAGGGGUCAGGCCCCAUAAGCCCCUCACAACAACAUAAGUGCCUGUUGACAAGUUCCACCUUGCGUAGGCCUAGGCCAGGCAGAUUCUCUCAGCUCUUGUGAGUUCCUCAUUGCAAAGGCUGCAUUGUGCCUAGAAGAUGGAAUUUCCCAUCCCUUCUCUCUUUCUGACAUCUUCCCAGCCCCUCUUCUGCUAUGUGUCCUGAGAUUUAGAGGAGGUGGUAUCAACAUCUUGGUUAGGGCUGAGCCCUCAGCCGGUUGAGUGCCCAUUCAGAAUAUUACAUUGACACUUUAAAUAUAUGUCUGAAAUUUCUUCUUUGAAAGCAGAAUCAAGUGAAAUCAUAACUGAAUGAUUGAUUUGAAGUUGAUCCUUGCUUCGAAAUUCUCAUCUUCACUUUCUUUUUCGACAGCUGUGAGGACAGAUGUCCCUUUCACACCAGAACAUGUGCGAGUAGACAGCCAAUCUGUGGAAAGCACUGCUGCUUUCCAAAUGAGAGAAGGGCCCAGGGGCACCACAGCCAAGAGAGUCCUUGAUUCAACUUUCUCUCUAGUUUCCAAUCCCUGUCAUUUUAAACAGUGCGCUGCUUUGUCAAGUUGCUGUCACUGUUGCCCACCCCCAAGCUGUUAGAAAAAUUGAUUUUACCUAGUGCCAUGGUGAAUUCACAUUUCCACUCAAUAGCUGCUGGGUGAUUCCCUGGUUCGCUGACAAUUACUUCUAGUUUCAGAUGCCUCUGCACACCAGCGCUCAGAGAGGAAGGAGUCUGGGGAGCCCACUGCUGUGAUAAAAUGAGAAAGGGUUGCUUGCCACCGAGUAGCAGGUGCCACGUGAUUGAGUACUCAGACUGGCGAAGUCCAAGUUCAAUGCUUAUGAAUUAUUCUGGUUCUUUCUUAAUGCGGAACUUCAUUUGUAUGAUCAGCACUGAUGUAAUUCCUGUUCAGCUUGUACUUUUCAAGUUUACUGAACCACUGCCUAAUGUUUUGUAUUUAAAUGUAUUUAAAGGAAAUAAACACCAUUAUUCAAGUCAUA